CUUGAAAGGCCAGCAGAGCCCACCGAGACUGGCCUGCUGUCGGUAGACGCGACGGGUACAUUGUGCAAGUCCUGGUCGCCAGAGUAAUCUUAUAGUCUGUAAAGUUAUGGAGGAGGAGAAUGGGAUGUUGAAAGUAUGGAAUCUACGUUAUAGGGUAAGAAAAAAAUAAAUAGUAAUAUUAAUCAAAUCGAUUCUGCAUUAUAUUGUUAUUUAUUAAAAUUGAUGAAUAUAAUUUUUAAAAAUAAUCUAAAAUUGUCGUAACUGAUAUUAGUACGCUUAAAAAAAAAACAAAAAAAAAAAACAAAACAAAACUGAACACAAAAAUAACUGCAAAAAACACAUUUUUAUAAUGGACCAAAUUCUUUAGGCUUACUUCGGACAUUUUCAAGGCAUAAAAAUAAAAGGUACGUUUGACUAAUGGUAGUCACAACUUUAGAACAUUUAAUCGGGGUCAAGAAACCUGUUGGAAAUAUAGAGCCCACAUGGGAUUUCACCCAGCGGGCUAACAAGCUAUUACUCUACCGUACAAGACAAACUUUUAGAGUCAUCUGUUUUUGUUUUUUUGUUUUUUUUUUUAAAUAACUUUUUACAUGCGAUUGAAAUUACCCCGGCGUGCCCCUUCUGGCGCGUCUUCCCCUUUCUGGCACGGGUGCCCUUUCUGACACGCGUGCCAUAGCAUAGGUUGCUGACCCCCCCCCCCUGAGUUAGAAAGCGGUGCUUCGAAUGCAAAUAUUUCCACAAACGUUAUGCGCGAAGGCGUCUGACCAGUUCAACCACUUUUUUUUUUUUUUUUUUUAAAUAACUUUUUUCGUGCGGGUGGAAUUCCCCCGGCGUGCCCCUUCUGGCCCUUCUUCCCCUUUUUGGCACGGGUGCCCUUUCUGACACGGGUGCCAUAGCAUAGGUUGCUGACCCCCCCCCCCUGAGUUAGAAAGCGGUGCUUCGAAUGCAAAUAUUUCCACAAACGUUAUGCGCGAAGGCGUCUGACCAGUUCAACCACCCGUAACAUUAUCGAACAGUCGAUUACGUUUCCUGUCUAAGAAGGCGAUCUGUAUGUAAAUAUAACUGUCCUGUUCGUCAGACCGCCGCCCCACCCCCGGGGAAAUUUCUUAUGUUCGUAUUAAAAUGUAACACGUUUUUGUCCUUUUGUAUCUGUGCUGGUCGUUAAUAAACACACAUCUAGCGAUACCCUUCUUCUUACUAUGUGUUCAUCGAUACCCUCUCCUAACUGUGUUUAUCCAAACCCCUCUCCUAACUAUGUGUUUAUCGAUACCCUUCUCAUAACUCUGUUUAUCGAUACCCCUCUCCAGUUUAUCAAUACCCCUCUCACAACUAUGUGUUUAUCGAUACCCUCUUCCAACUGUGUAUAUCGAUACCGCCUUCUAACUGUGUUUAUCGAUACCCCUCCCUUAACAGUGUUUAUCGAUACCCUCUUCGAAAAGUGUUUAUCGAUACCCCUCUUCUAACUGUGUUUAUCGAUACCCCUCUCUUAACAGUGUUUAUCGAUACCCCUCUUUUAACAGAGUUUAUCGAUACCCCUCUCCUAACAGUGUUUAGCGAUACCCUCUCCUAACUGUGUUUAUCGAUACCCCUCUCAUAACAGUGUUCAUCGAUACCCCCCUCAUAACCAUGUGUUUCUCGAUAUCCUGUCAUAACUGUGUGUUUUGUGAAGCAAGAGUUUCAUCAAUUCAUCAUUAUUGACACGUUGUAAUUGUCUGUUAUACCAUAACUAAUGACUGCUGUCAAACAGGUUCGACUACGCAUCUCUUCACACAUGCUUUAAGCUGCUAACUCAUUAAAAAUUAAAAAAAAAAUCAUGGACUGACCGAUUUUUAUUUUUUUUAUUUCGACCUCGCUUCAAUACUUUAUUUAUCAAAAUUAUUUUUGUAAUAUCCAACCUUAUUUUUGAUUUUUAGCGCUUGUGAAAACUUUGGAUCAAAAUCGAUCAAUGAAGACAAGAAAAUCAAAUAAACAGAAGUCCUAGGACCGAUGGCAGACAUUCGAUUCGUCAAACCGAGACCUGAUAACCGCAUAAGACAUUUUCCAGGGAUUCCCGCUCAGACGGAUGCGACUCGUAUCGCGGCGCCCGUCUCGACAGACAAACCGUCCGGCCACGACACGGACGAUGCCGUUCAUAUCACGACCCCGAGUUCCAGAGAAAAAGGCAAGCUCCCCUUAAAGACACCCACUGGCGACACGAUUCACAUAACGACACCCAAGCGUACGACGUCGCAGAAUUUACCGUAUGCUCUUUUCAUAACCAGCAGAAUCGGUGAACACCCGAAACCGGAUACCGGGCCGAAGAAAAGUGAAAGUUCAGAGAAACGAGGCUCCAGUCAGAACGUUAAAGUCAGCGAGGCGAAGGAACAUGGAAGUCACUUACAUUCAGAGCCCACCUUAAGAGAACUGCGCAAAUCUGCCGAUGGUCAUUGUCGAUUAGACAGCGGGACAUCAAAUGCGAGUCUAAAAUUGAUGGACAAAAACGCUUUAGAAAAGGCUAAAAACGAGAAAUUUGACGUCAUUGGUGAUGAUGGCCGGAAGAACAGCGAAAAUAAUGGUGCGCAAGAACGUCUGUGCGGGGGGAAAAGUACGCAACACCCGUGCAAAUUUAACAGUGAACGUGAUAUCAAGGAAAUGUGCAAACCUGGUGCGCUCAGAACUCACGACAUUAGCAGUGCGACGAGCGAUUGUGAACGUGAUAUCAAGGAAAUGUGCAAACCUGGUGCGCUCAGAACUCACGACAUUAGCAGUGCGACGAGCGAUUGUGAACGUGAUAUCAAGGAAAUGUGCAAACCUGGUGCGCUCAGAACUCACGACAUUAGCAGUGCGACGAGCGAUUGUGAACGUGAUGUCAAGGAAAUAUGCAAACCCGGUGAGCUCAGAACUCACGACAUUAGCAGUGCGACAAGCGAUUGUGAACGUGAUGUCAAGGAAAUAUGCAAACCUGGUGCGCUCAGAACUCACUACAUUAGCAGUGCGACGAGCGAUUGUGAACGUGAUGUCAAGGAAAUAUGCAAACCUGGUGCGCUCAGAACUCACUACAUUAGCAGUGCGACGAGCGAUUGUGAACGUGAUAUCAAGGAAAUAUGCAAACCUAGUGCGCUCAGAACUCACGACAUUAGCAGUGCGACUAGCGAUUGUGAACUUGAUGUCAAGGAAAUAUGCAAACCUGGUGCGCUCAGAACUCACGACAUUAGCAGUGCGACGAGCGAUUGUUCCACUUUUGAAGUUACAAAUAUGACGAAAAAAAUUUCCCGGACACGGUCAUCGAACGCCCGAGAGGAUAGACUCCCAAACGUCACGUUUGAAAAUCUAAGACAGAUAACUGUCAGCACUGUGACUAAAAUGAAUGCUGACAAAGAGAGUUGUGAGAAAACUCAUUUCGAGGAUCGCUUAUUCACGAUUUGCUGUCCCCACGAGGCUACUGUAACUACAGACGAUGACAUUUCAAAAACUCACAAAGGUGAAGACAACAACAUUACACGGAGUAAUGUCAGUGACGUAGGUGACACGGGCAUGUCACUCACGGUAAGAAAUCACUCGAAAUGCGAUUCAUUGGAUGCGGCGGAGGAGGCAAAGGACCUGUUUCCGGAGAAUAUUCCUACCGCCGGCGUCAUCCGUUCUCGCUCACCACAUAGAUCGACUCCGUGUGCGACGCAAAGUCAAAGCAGCCGGAGCCCAAUAUCGUACCUCCCGAACACCGAGAAACCCCAGAGGCGGCGACCCAUGAGGAGGAGCGUCAGCGACGUCGCCCUUCCGGGUAUGCGGUACGGGGCCUCAUUUUUCGGCUUCGUCAGUGACUCCAAGUUCCACGGGAGGAAAGAUAACAUCGACCCAGACGACGAGGACGACUUCACCGUAGAUCUGGAUCAAAUGAUGAAACAGCUGGAGAGAGGUCGAUCGCGGAAGCCGACGCGCAACGAAUGGGGAAACAUCAUCGGCACCGGCAUGCACCACGGCGGGUCGGAGAGCACACUGAACACGGGAAACGGGGAUGGAAGGCAGCACUCGAAGGCCCGUAGCUCCGUGUCGUCACGGAGCGGGUCGACCUCGUCGGACAGGCUCCGGAUACGCCGAUGUGCACUCGCUGACCCCGAGAGGAUGAUCAUGAGCCAGGAGGACAGGGAGAGGAUAGAGAGGGAGGUGCAGAAGAGGAGGCAGUCCAUGGUGAGGAAAGUCUCUCAGUUUUUUAAUGUGCAGCUGGGACUGAACCAGGAGGAAGACUUGAUUUGAAUUCAGAGGUGAACAUCUCUGAUGUGGUGUAAGGUAUGCUUGAAGUAUAAUUAAGGUACAGAGAAGUAGUUUAAAAUCAACCCGGAAGGGAACAUCAAAUAUUUUUUUUAUUUUUUUUUAGCCACUUUCCAGCUUAAUAAAGAAAACAAAAUUUUGCACACAGCUAGGGUAGAAAUGUUAACAAUAUGGCUUGUCAUUUAAUGGCGGAAAUCUAUUAAUAGAACUGAUGUCACCAUUACUGAUCAUCCGGGUACUCAGCGCGGACAAAAUGUCAAGACUGUUCAGUAUUACUAUGUUAGCGAAGUGUCCCUGAAACUUGUUUACAACUCUAUUUUACGAAAUAUUUUACACACUUUUCUUUUACUUCUGUUUUCUCAAAUGCGACUCCAAAACGUGGACGUCAUAUGUAACAGUAACUCUAGAUACAAGGAUCGCCCAAACGCUAUGCUGAAACACACUAUAAGCUGCCAUGUUUUAAGCAAUAUUUGUCCGCGGACCUUCUAAACAUAGUACGCUAUGACGUUUUCCGGUCUUAGAAAUGACAAAGCCUAUUGUUGAGGGCUUUGCAUGUACGCUUAACAAUGUAUUCGAAUAUCGCUAUACAAUUAUGUUAAAAUAGUCAGAAAGAAGUAAACGUUAAAUGUAGAUCAAUAUUUCAUUCAAAUAAGCAAUGGACAUUAUCCAACAAAAUUAUCGGUCUCAGGUAGUUAGUGUAAUUAAUUGCCUCAUGGCCUGGCAGGCAAUUUCCACGGCUGAGAAUCAGUAAUAUAAUGAAUAUAACUGAGUUCAGGCUAGAAUCGUAAAGAAGAUAAUAAAUGAAGGACUCGGGUUCAAGCACUGUGAAGGAAAUAGUAGAACAAGGAAUGUGGAAGCUUGAAUCAAAAGACAGGACACUAAGAGAAGAAAGUUUCGGCAAAGAGCCUUCCUCAGCAGACAGGACAAAUUAAAAUAGGACAAGAAAUAGAAAAAAAAAAUGCUAUUGUAGGAAGUUGGAUUUUCCAAAGCCAAGGUUACAGGAAGUGAAAGAUUGUAUGUAUUAUUACUGUGAAAAAUACGAUCGUUACGAAAAGAAAUAUUUUGGAUAUAUGUUAAGUAUAAGAAAUAAGAAAAGAAUCUUAUAGAGCCUUUGAGGGAUUACAUGUACAUAUAUCUUCAGUUGUUAAAGAUGGAGAAAUUCAUUAAUUCUAAUGUUAGUGCUCCACACAUAUACACAGGUUGAUGACAAAAGGUGCUGUGGGGUAUAAUCACAUGACUAUCCCUACCCAGUGCCUUGGAAACACGCAGAGGUCUUUGGCUCAAAAAUCAGUGGCGUAGCUAGGGUUAGUGCCGAGGUGGGGCCAAUAUUUUUUCCGCUCCCUUCUUCAAAAAACAACUCUGCAAUUGGCCGAAAAUUUCACCCGUCAAUGUAAAGAACAAAUGUGCCGCCUCAGGGUGGACCGCGCCACCUUCACCCCUCUUACAGCACCACCCCCUUCUUACACCACCCCAUUCCUACAUCAACCCCUUCUUACACCACCCCCUUCCUAACCACCCUCUUCCUACACCACGCCCCUGCUUACGCCGCAUUCAAAAAAAAAAUGUUAAAAAGUAAUGCAUCAAUGCCAAUGGUGCAACUAGUGAAGCUGUUAAAGAAAGCACGACUCACAUGUCUUCAGCCAAGCAUACGCGCUCAGUGUCACGAACAGACUUCGAUAUUAAACAUCAUUUUAGUGAACGGACCGGUCUAAAAGAAACAUCUUUCAUCGACUCCCUGUACCGUGACCAAAACAAGAAAGCAUCCGUACCAAGAAGAGCGCAGCCUAAUAAAUCUAUAAUAGGAGAGAGAUCAACUGAACUUAAAUCUAAUUACGGGUAUUGGAAAUAAUUAUUUAUCGAUAUCCGGGCGCACUCGGUAUGACCAGGACGCAGACUCGUAUUUAUUGAGUGCAAUGGGAAGGGGC